AGGAUGAAGCAAAGCCAUGUUCUUGCUUUGCUGCCUCUACUAGGCUAGGCUAGGCCGGGCCUCUCUCUAACUCAAUAAUAGAAACUCACGCUCCCACAGAGUCACACACACAGACGAGAAAAGACACUUCUUUUGCAAAACAACUCCUCACUCCCUCUCUCUCUACAAGUUGCUUUGUCUCAUUCUUCACCUAAACCCUCUCUCUUUUACCCAACAUUUACUCUUUUCUUUCACUUAAAAGAAAAAUCGUAUAAACGUAUGUGUUGGAGUUGCUAGAUCUGAAAGCCCAAUCCUUUUCCCUUUGUUCAAUGUAGUUAUUAAUUUGUUUUUAAUCCGUCGAUGGGAUCCAGUGGAAGUAAAGCUGCUGCUUCUAAUCAAUCGGCGGCUUCGUCUAGCAAGACUCGAAGAUCUAGAGGCGGCUGGGCUUUUCAGUCUGCUUGUCUCGGCGCUCCAUCUGGAUCUCGCUGCAAUGGCCACCAAGACCAGGUUCGUCAUUUGGACUUAGCUAGGGCACCUGACUCGAACACAGAGGAGGGUACGAACGAGGCUGAGACGGAGCCAGAUGAGUUGAAGAUUGAUAGUGACAGGAAAGUGAAAAACGACAUGUCGUGUAUAGCUUCAAAUGCUGAGGUUGAUGGUAGCAGCUCUAACCAGUCAUCCUCUACACCUAGUCGCAUUCUUUCACGCUUUACCUUCAUUCCUGGAAAUCUAAGUUUUAGAUUGAGCAGAGCAACCAGUUUAGGGUCCUCAAGAGCAUAUUCUGAUGAACAAGAGCUUCGACUUCGUUCUAGUCAUGGUAGCAGUAACUUUCUUGAUAGAAUUGAAGCUCAACAAGGUAGUGACUUGCUUCCUCAAACUUUGAUCAGUCUUCAAGAUAGUAUGAGCAACUUUCAGUUAAAUGGGGAUAAUUUGCAAGAUAAUCCAACCAUUUCUUCUGUGGAUAGUGGUAGCACUAGAAGAGGUGUGGAAGGAAAUAUGCAUUCUCCUAGAGUUCUUAAUGAGUUGGAGAACAUUGGAACUAGACGGAUUGGAUCUCGGGAACCUGUUGAAAGGAAUGUUCGUUUUAGCAGAACUCUCAGUGUGGGGAGACUUCGUGAUAGAGUUCUUCGCCGGUCAUCAUUGACUGAUUUAACAUUUUGUCCUUUGCAACAAGACAGAGAAGUAAGAGAUGGCAGUCAAAGUGGUGGGAGAUAUCCCUUUGACAGUAGCACUAGGAUUCAAACAUCUGAAGGUAAUGCUGGUACUUCUCCAGCAACAUCUGGUUAUCCUCCAUCCAGUACGUCUAGAACCUUGUUUAGAAUUCAAGAUCACGAGGUUGAAACUUCACGAUCAAGAGAAGCCAGGUAUCAUGAUUUACUGGAACACAGAUCAAAUUUCCUUGAACGAAGGAGAAGAAUACGAUCUCAGGUUCGUGCUCUUCAACGGUUGGGAAGCCGUUUUGAGAACCUAUCUGGGCAUGAGAGGAAUUGUAUCUUAUCUGGUCAACAUAGAACAGGCCAUUGCACAUGUCGUGUAAGUAAUCGAGAGGCCAGCUCUAAUGAUGACACCAACACUAGAGCUAGCAUAUCGAGAAUUGUAAUGUUAGCUGAAGCAUUAUUUGAGGUUCUGGAUGAAAUACAUCAGCAAUCUGUGGUGUUAUCUUCUCGGCCUUCUAUGUCUUCAUUAGGAUCUAUUCCUGCACCUAACGAGGUUGUAGAAUCUUUACCUGUCAAAUCUUACACAAAGUCACAAAAACAUUAUAAUGAGGAGAUUGCACAAUGCUACAUUUGCCUUGUGGAGUAUGAGGAAGGUGACAGUGUGCGGGUACUGCCUUGUCAUCAUGAAUUCCACAGAACUUGUGUAGAUAAAUGGCUCAAAGAGAUUCAUAGAGUUUGUCCUCUUUGUCGUGGAGAUAUCUGCAAAUCUGAUUUGUCACCACCCGAGAAUUAAGUUUCCCAGUGUUCUUGCCGAUGGAGAACUAAGGUGCCAGGCAAGUCGUCUACUUUGAAGACUAAAAGAACUCCUGGAAGUGUUUUAAGUUCUCUAGUUGGCAGGUUUUGGUAAGUUCAGCCGUUUCUACCAGUGUAGUUGGUUUGGUGCAUGUUUAUUGGUUUUGGUUUCUGAGUACAAUAUCAAAGCAUGGUAGAAAUGGAUUGAACUACUUGAAUUUGGAAACAUGUCCGGGGUCUGAUCUUUGAUAUUUGUUACAUGUUCCCAAAGUAUUGAUUUGUUCCGAAAAUUGUCAAUUGCAUUCCAGAUCGUUGAUUUCUCUCCUACUUGGAGGUUAUAUCCAAAUUUUCUCUGUUGCAAA